AUGGCCGAGAAUAUCGACGCGGAUGGCGAGGAAAUCGCCUCGGACGAAAUACGCGAGCUGCGGCGGAGAUUUCUCGACGAGCGUCGCACGGAAAUCGACGGCGGAACGUACGACCGCCGCGACCUCGAUCGCUUCGAGAAGGACGACCACUACGUCGGACUCUUCCUGAAAUCUCGCUACGGCAACGUCGGCGACGCGCUGACCGCCGUCCACACCUCGCUCGAGUGGCGCAAACAGUUCGCGAUCGCCGACGUCCGUGAGGAGGACCUCCAGCCGCAAUUCGAGUCGGGGUUGCUCUACUUCCACGGCCGCGACCGGGAGACAAAUUUUUUUUUUCCCACUUGA